UCGUUAUCAGAUUGCAAUGUCAGACGAAGAAUUCUACAGUGAAGAGUCAUACGAGUUCGAAUUUGAAGAAGAUGAAGAUGAUGAAGACGUGGAACAAAUCGAAGUCGAUGAAUCAGGUGACAAACAAGAAGAAGAAGAUGGGAUAGAACAAAAGUAUUACUCAGCCAAAGCAUUGAAGUUCGACGACAUCGAUGCAGCUAUAGGGUCUUUCAAAGGGCUUAUAGAGCAAUUCUCAUCCGAAUCGGACCUGGAGACUUUUGAAUGGGUCUUCAAGUCGUACAAGCAACUUAUAAAGAUCUUUUUCAACGCCACAAAGUAUAAUGAGACAUUAGAAUACCUCGAAAAUCUCUUACGCGUCCUCCCCAGAGUGUCGUACAACUACGGUUCGGAUUCAUUGAGCAGAAUUAUCAAUAACUAUUCUCUAUCGAACGAUCAAGCGUUCGUGCAACGAUUGUACGACACCAUCUUGGAGUUUUUAAGCAACUCCAAAGUCGCCCAGGGGUCCAACUACGACAGACUCUGGAUCAAAAUUAGUCUUAGUCAAUUGACCAUAUUGUUGGGAAAUGGGGAGUACGAUGCUUGUUCCAAACUCAUACAUGCAAUCAACCAAAAGUUUAGCGAAGUGCCAAAACAAAUUAAGAAAUCAUAUUCCUUGGAUUUGAUAGCCCUAGAAAUCCAAUUCUACUCGGAGCAACGGGGAAGUAUAAACCUCUCGAAAUUGAACCAAUUGUACAGAAAGAGUUUGGAAAGCACCACCACGGUUACCCAUCCAAAGAUACUAGGCAUAAUUAGGGAAUGUGGAGGAAAGAUCCAAUUCUACAGAGGCAAUUAUGAGAAAGCAAGAUUGGAGUUUUAUGAAUCUUUCAACAAUUAUGAUGAAGCUGGCUCUUCCUUAAAGAAAAAGGUCUUGAAAUACCUAAUCUUAUGUUCAUUAUUGACCGAGAAUCAGUUUAACCCUUUCGAGUCUCAAGAAACCAGUACUUAUGCGUCCUUGCCGGAGUAUUCAAACUUGCUCCUUCUUAUAAAGGCAUAUGACUCGUCUGAUGUGUCUAAGUUCUCCGAGGCAGUGCAUAAAAUUCAACAAGAACGGGACCCCAUGAUCAAGGAUGAUCUCAUUGUCUUGGCAAUUGACCAAGUCUCCAAGAAUUUGGUGAAGAAAUCAAUUUUGAAUUUGUUGAAAGCUUACAAGACUCUUCGCUUUGAAUACGUGAGAAACAAGUUCAAAAUAAGUCAGGAUGAUUUUGAAGAACUCUUGGUUAAAUUGAUGGUUUCAGGAAAAUUGGAGAAGAUAAAAGUUGAUUUUGUGAGAGAAGUGAUUAUAUCACAGGACGCAUCAGAGCCAGUAUUCCCACCAAAUUUGAGUACCAAAGACAUACACGUGAACAUGAGGCUUAAUGAACAUUUAUCAAUGGGUACUUUAGCUCCAUUAAACGACGAAGACAGGAUGGAGGUAGACGAAACAAUUCUAGAGAACCUGAACCAAGCGGCUUCAUCUAUUGCACAUUCGUCACUGAGCUUAUUUAAUCAUCAGUACGUGGAUAGAAGUGAGGGCUUUCAUCAAGAGAUAUCCGACGCUGCGCCCAAGAACAAACUUGGAGAGUUGAGGAACAUGACCAAGCUCUUGUUUAUAACAGAAGAGCCAGUGACAGAAUCAGACUGGCUCAAAAUUAUCGACGACUGGUUCAAGGCAUUGCAAACAUCAAUCCCAGAAGCAGUAAAGAGCGAAAUGAGUCAGAAGGAUCAAGUUGAGUUCAGACAAAGAAAUGAGAAUGUAAUUAACAAUCUACCUGCAAAGACGAAAAAAGACGACGCCGAGCUCAACACCGGAAUACUUAACCCAAUUGAAGAUAAGGACGAUGCAGAGGUGGAUGAAAACGAGUUUGACGUUGAAGUUCAUAAGGUGGACAUGUUGGCCAGUUGGAAGAAAGAGCUUGAUGAAUAUUACACCAACCUCACAAAGAUCCCCUCCUAAGUUACAGCACAAAAUAAAUACUCAGUGUAGCUAUUUUACGACACUAAUACAAGAAUAUAGGCA